AUGACUCUGGCACCAUACAAAGGGAUCGGAGAUCCUAAAGUUCAUGUCACAAAAUUUGAAUCUAUGAUGUUCCUCAAUAGCGACUCUGAUCCCAUUUUGUGCCGAUCUUUUCCCACUUUUUUAGAUAGAGCUGCCCUAUUAUGGUUUUUCAAUUUGCCUGCAGGUUCCAUAACUAAUUUCGACGAGUUCGCCAAGUUGUUCAUCAAUCAUUUUGCAGCCUCCAAAAUCUAUGUGCAAGACUCGGACUACCUCAGCACAAUCAAACAAGGACAACACGAGAUCUUGAAAGACUAUAUGACAUGCUUCACAACAGUGGCCAUGAAAAUUUCUGACCUUAAUUCAGAAGUGCAAUUGCACGCAAUUAAGAACGGCCUUCGACCUGGAAAAUAUCAGGAAGCCAUCGCCGUGGCAGAGCCAAAGACAUUGGAGGAAUGUCGAGAUAAAAUGACAGGGCAAAUUGAAAUAAAAGAGCUACGUGAAAUCCGGAGGAACGAGAGACAAGUAUUCAAAAAAGAAGAGGACAAGUCUCAUAACAAGGAUUCUAAAAAACCCUUUAAGCUAACUCCGAAGUUUGAUUCAUACACCAGGUUCAAUACCAAAAGGGAAGACAUCCUUAAAGAAAUAUUACACAACAAGCUAAUAAAGCCACUGAGCAGAGCCGGUUCAUACCAAGACCAGAGGUAUGUCGACAAGUCGAAACAAUGCGCUUUCCACCAAAAGUUCGGCCACACAACUGGCAAGUGCGUGAUCGCCAAGGACCUACUAUAA